CCUGCUGCUCAGAGCUGGCGUCCCAAGCCAACUCUUAACCAAUGCCGACUCAGUGGGCCCCUCCUUGAUAUUAUCUUCGCUAACAUUAUCUUUAAACUGGUAGUUAAAAGACAUUUCAACAACACAAAAAAAGCCUUCAUCAUAUUCAACAGAUUGUUCUUACAAACCAGCUGCACCAUCUUUCUUUGGGCUCAUUUCGGAGAGUGAAACGUGUGUUGCUGAACCGCCAGUCCAGUUUUCGCUCUGAUAGUCUGUGGUUACGAACCUGAGUUGAAGUCUUCUUGAUAACUGGGGAACUGCAACCUACGGGGUGCAACUGAUGGCUCUGUCCAGACUUUACCAAGGCUCCAAAGAACGGGGGCGUUUUCUGCCCAGACCCUUCCACACUCAAUACCAUGCUUUGCAGAAUGGAAAUCCCAGUGACAACCUUUUCAAGCCCCUCUCUCUGCUCCGGAGGGCCCUCUUUCAGACCUUUAAAGACGCUCCCUGACCUCUGAUUGGCUGGUCUGACAACGAUGGGCGGGACGCGGCCCUGGAUUGGACGUCAUAGUCCCUUGGUCGCCCCUCACCGGCGUCCGUCUACUGCCGCAGCGAGUGAGUGGUGCCGAGUUUCGACUGAAGCCAGGGUCUGGGCUGGAUCCAGCGCGCCGCCCGAGAGCGGAAUCGCCACUAAGAGUCGGGGUCUGCAGGGGCGGGGCGUCCUGGGCACCCGGGAUUGGCGUGUAGGGAGCCGUCUCCCGUCGUGCACCGGGCACCGGCCACUCACCCGGAAGGAGAAACCAAGACUGGCUAUAUGGAGCCAGCCCCGGAUCAUUUGUUGGCAGUACAUAUUGGCUGAAGUCAGUUUUCAUUUCAAGAUGUUUUCUUCCAAUGGGCUUUUGGUGUAGGAUGUUGGAGAACCAAGAGCAGGAGGAGGUGAUCACUGUGCGUGUUCAGGAUCCCCGUGUGCAGAAUGAGGGCUCCUGGAAUUCUUAUGUGGAUUAUAAGAUAUUCCUCCAUACCAAUAGCAAGGCCUUUACUGCGAAGACGUCCUGUGUGCGUCGCCGCUACCGUGAGUUCGUGUGGCUGAGAAAGCAGCUACAGAGAAACGCUGGUUUAGUGCCUGUACCUGAACUUCCUGGGAAGUCAACCUUCUUUGGCAGCUCAGAUGAGUUCAUUGAGAAGCGACGACAAGGUUUGCAGCACUUCCUGGAAAAGGUCCUGCAAAGUGUUGUCCUCCUAUCAGACAGCCAGUUACACCUCUUCCUGCAAAGCCAGCUCUCGGUGCCCGAGAUAGAAGCCUGUGUCCAGGGCCGAAGCUCCAUGACCGUUUCUGAUGCCAUUCUUCGCUAUGCUAUGUCAAACUGUGGCUGGGUCCAGGAAGAGAGGCAGGGCUCUUCUCACUUGGCUAAAGGAGACCAGCCCAAGAGUUGCUGCUUUCUUCCAAGAUCGGGCAGGAGGGGCUCUCCCUCACCUCCUCCUGAGGAAGAACAGGACCGUUUGGAGGUGUGGGCUCCUGUUGUUGACUCAGAGGCUCCUUCUUUGGAAAGCCCUCCUCUCUCACCCCCUGCCUCGUCAUCAUGCUGUGAUUGUGCAAGACCUGACGAGGGAUCCGCUGUUCCUCAGCUUGUGAGGAGGUCCGUGGGCGGGGACCAUGCUGUGCCUUUGGAUCCUGGUCAUUUAGAAACAGCUUUGGAAAAGUGAACUUUGGUCUGAGCUUUGGGUUCUGCUUCGAGGCCAGUGGAGAAGAUGCAGGCAAGGAGACUUACUUGGGCACAGGGCAGGUGUUGGGGCGGUUGGGCUGCUUAGUGUCUUUCAGUUGCCUCUGCUCGAGCUGUUUGCACAGAGGUGGGUUAUGACAACUCCUCAAGCUUCCUCCAUAGGAAUAAACACUGCAGAUGUUUGUAAGUUAAGCGUAAGGACCAGGGGCUGUUGGUUUUGAACAGAAUCCCACAUUUACUCUCUUGGGAGCUGAGUUUCUUUAGAUGUUCGUUAAUGGGCCUGGGGGCCCUGCCUUAGGUGACUGGUUUUGGGGACCUGUAAGUGGUGGAUUUUAAGCUGCCAUAUUGAAUAUUGUCCCAAGAAAAAUGCUUGUGUCGUUGUAUUCCCACUGGCGCUGUUUUUGCUGCAGGCCAUGGAGCACUUUGUUUCUGGGAGGCUGGCCUCUUGCCUGCCUCCUGGUAUGGACAGGGUGGUGAAUAUUUAUUUUCCUCAAUUCCUUGCUUUUCCUUCACUAAUACCACUGAAUGGGUCAGCGCUGUGACUCCUGUCACUGGGGUUCCCUGCAUAUCCGAAGACCUCAGCCUGGCCGUGUGGAGCCUAUUGCUCAUGGCCCUCCACAAAAGGGAAGUGGUUGUUCACAGGCAGAGGAAAGGCAACGGCUCAGGGAGCUUUGUUUUGGUAAAGGCUGUCCUGGGCUGUCACCGUCUCUUCUGGUUCCAAAGCGGAGACGUGACCAUCUUUUUCGCAGGCUCCUUUCUUUUUUGAAUCCUUUUCUUCUCCCUUAGUAAGAGCUCCCUGCCCCCCAGGGCUUUAGCCGCCACAUGUCCCUCUGCUGUGUUGCAGAGAGGCCGUAUGUUCAGUCCAGUGGGGCGCAAGGGCUUUGUUUCUGCCUGGAGAGAGGACUCUGGGGAUGGAGAUGAGGAACAACACGCCUCCCUUCAGACAAUGAGGCAGUCUGCCCUCCUGCUGCCAUCAUUCCUCUCCACUGAGAGCCCGAGCUGGUAGGACAUGAGUGCUGCUGGCAUCUGCAUCACGCUGCCCGUCGGUUCGUGCGCAGUUCCUCUUGCCCACUCUCCCUCCUCUGGCCGUCCCACCCUGUCUGUGGGCUCUUGUACUUACCAGCCUAUGCUGUGGGACUGUCAUGGCAUUUAGUUUGGAGUUGAGGGGCUUUGGCCUGAAAUAAAAUUCAACUAUUUAA